AUGGUUGAAAAACACUGCUCCGAGGCCCUCAGUUAUGGACGUCAACGUAAAUGUCGCCGUAGAAACCACGUCAGACACGUCGGGUCCAGAAAGGGUUCCGGUUUGCAGCCUCGAAGCAGACCCAACCCAAUGCGUGCCGGCGAGCUCUACAUCCCGCAAGGUCGCUACAUGCUGCCGCUGGGUGACAUCAUACGCAAGUACGGUGUUAGCUUUCACUGUUAUGCUGAUGACACUCAACUCUACAUGCCCCUAAAGCUGACCAACACGCCGGAUUGUAGUCAGCUGGAGGCGUGUCUUAAUGAAAUUAAACAAUGGAUGUCCGCUAACUUUUUGCAACUCAACGCUAAGAAAACGGAAAUGCUGAUUAUCGGUCCUGCUAGACACUUCGACCCAACUCUCUCGUUUGAGUCACACAUUAAGAGUGUUACUAAAACGGCCUUCUUUCAUCUCCGUAAUAUCGCUAAAAUUCGUUCCAUCUUGUCCACUAGCGACACUGAGGUCAUUAUUCAUGCGUUCGUUACGUCUCGUCUCGAUUACUGUAACAUAUUAUUUUCGGGUCUCCCUAUGUCUAGCAUUAAAAGAUUACAGUUGGUACAAAAUGCGGCUGCAAGACUUUUGACAAAAACAAGAAAGUUUGAUCAUAUUACGCCUAUACUGGCUCACCUGCACUGGCUUCCUGUGCACUUAAGAUGCGACUUUAAGGUUUUACUACUUACGUAUAAAAUACUACACGGUUUAGCUCCAGCCUAUCUCGCCGAUUGUAUUGUACCAUAUGUCCCGACAAGAAAUCUGCGUUCAAAGAACUCCGGCUUAUUAGUGAUUCCCAGAGCCAAAAAAAAGUCUGCGGGCUAUAGAGCGUUUUCUAUUCGGGCUCCAGUACUCUGGAAUGCCCUCCCGGUAACAGUUAGAGAUGCUACCUCAGUAGAAGCAUUUAAGUCCCAUCUUAAAACUCAUUUGUAUAAUCUAAUCACUUCCUGUCAACCAUGGAAAAAUCACUUCCUGUCGUUCACGACAACCAUGGGAGAUCACUUCCUGUCGUUCAUGUCAACCAUGGAAGAUCACUUCCUGUCGUUUAUAUCAACCAGAAAAGAUCACUUCCUGUUGUUCAUGUCAACCUUGGAAGAUCACUUCCUGUCCUUCAUGUGA